AAGAUGGACCAGAAAAGUAACCUGGUGGAGACUGAGCCUAAACCAACAAUUAACUCAUCUGAUACAAAGGCUAAAGAGCAGGAAGAGGUUGCCCAACUUCUGCAUGAUGAAGAAGACCUGAAAGACACUCGCUGUGGCAUUGGACCGUUUAAACCGAAAUGGCUCCAGGUUCUCGCCCGAAAAGAAGUGUACUUAAUGGUGUAUUGCCUCGUGGGUAUGGUUCAGGGUAUGUUCUUCACUUAUACAGUAUCUGUCAUCUCAACCAUUGAGAAAAGGUUCAAACUUACGAGCAAGCAGACAGGAGCGAUCCUCACCGGCAACGACAUCUCGCAAGUGAUGCUGUCGCUGUUCCUCGGUUACUAUGGCAACUACGGGCAUCGUCCUCGCUGGAUGGCCGUCGGAGUCAUGUGCGCCGCGGCCUCGGGCUUCGGGGCGGCGCUCCCCCACUUCCUGUACGGCCCGGGGGAGGACGCGCUGGCACUGACGAGGUCCGGGGCUUUCUCCUCCUCCUCGUCCUCUUCCUCCUUGAGCCUCGAGGGGGACAACGACAACGAGACGCACGCGCAAGAGCUGUGUUUCUCGCACCCUGAGGAGAACUGCGGGCCUGACGGAGGCGGCGGAGGAGGAGCCUACAUCGGCGCCAUCAUCCUCUUCUUCUGCUCUCAGUUCUUCGUAGGAAUCGCCAUCAGCAUUUUCUACAGCAUCGGCGUCACCUACUUAGACGAUAACAUAAGCAAGAAGACAUAUCCCGUUUAUUACUCCGCCUCGUUCAUGCUGCGCAUCCUGGGCCCCGUGCUGGGCUUCUUCGUCGGAGGGAAGUGCCUGUCCACGUGGAUCGACCCGAAGGAGGUUCCUGCGCUCACCACGAAGGACCCGCGCUGGCUCGGCGCCUGGUGGAUCGGCUACCUGUUCAUCGGCUCCGGCCUGAUCUUCUCGGGGAGUCUGCUGUUCCUGUUCCCGCGGAAGAUGCCGGCGACGCUGCGGCGCGAGGCGAAGCGGGUCCUGCGGCAGGCGGAGAAGGACCGCAGGGAGGGCGGCGACCGCGGCCUGCGCUACUUCGCCUCCCUCGCCAAGCAGUCCAAGGAAGCCCAGGAGAGGCCGACGCUCCCCAACCUCAAGAAGGCCUUAAAGCGACUCUUCACGAACAAGAUUUGGGUCGGCAACCUCUUCAAUACAACGGUGUAUGUCCUCGCGGCUUCAGGCUACUGGAAUUUCAAGCCUAAAUAUCUUGAAAACCAAUUUCGUAAAAGUUCCACCGAAGCCAAUUACUAUACAGGUAUCGCAAGUUUGAUAUCCCUAGUCUUGGGAACGGGUCUCGGCGGGGCUGUGUUAAGGUGGGCCCAGCCAGGACCGAGGUUUGUGACAGGCUACAACAUUUUCAUCACGUUGCUGUAUGUCUGUAGUUACGUCUCGCUCAUGUUCAUCGGUUGCCCUAAAUUGCAGGUCAUUGGGCCGGUGGAAGGCUCGCCGAUCCCCGCCUGCUCCUCGACCUGCGGCUGCUCGGCGAAGUACUCUCCCGUGUGCUCUGAGGACCAGACCACACUGUUCUAUUCUCCUUGCUACGCUGGUUGCACCGUUGCCAACGCCUCGGCGAGUCCCAUUGUGUACAGCAACUGUCGAUGUAUCACCAACGCCACAAUUCAGCAUGAUGAUUAUAGUGCACAGAACAGUACUCUUUUUGGAACAGCAACGAGUGGAUAUUGCCCUGAACCUUGCAACAACUUCUUCAAAUAUAUUAUCAUCCAGUGUGUUGUGAAGACCAUAGCAUCCACUGGCAGGGUUGGUAGCAGUCUCAUCCAUCUGAGGUCUGUCUCGGACGAGGACAAGGGCCUGGCUCUCGGUCUCCUCACCGUCUUCAUCAGCUUCUUCGGAUUCAUCCCGGCGCCUAUCAUGAUGGGAGCCAUAAUUGACUCCGCGUGCCUGGUGUGGGACACGUCGUGCGGGAAGACCGGCAACUGCUGGCUCUACGACUCCGACAAGUUCAGGACCAUCCUACACCUCGUGCCUGCGGUGUUCGUGUUCAUCUCUGUGUUCGGGGACAUCGUCGUCUUCUACUACAGUCGCCAGCUGGACUUAUAUGGCGACCGAGAGGACCAAGUGCAGCUGGAGAGAGCUCGGCGACUCGUGGGGGGGAGUGCCACGCUGUCCAAGAGUCAGAAUCUGGAUCCGCCCGCACAGAUUUAGUUGUUUUGGAGGUGGAUUUUCUAUUUCUAUUGUUUGUUUGUUUGUUUUUUUCUUUCUUUUUUUUCUUUUUUU